UCGUGUGCCCAGGUUCGUCCUGCGCGCCAGACACGCCCACCCUGGACACCUCCUGUCUGUUCAUCUGCGCGAGCCAAUCAGAAGCCGCGCUCCCCGUCCCUCCUUUUCCGAGUCGCGGUCCCCUGGGUGUGUCCGUCAGAAAGGCCACAACUUGCUUACUGGCUGCUGCUCGCAAAAAGCGCCGACGCCGCCCCGUGUAACGCGAUCACCCAGCAGACGAGAGCCGCAGCUUCUCACGUAGCGGAUCGGCGAAGACCGCCGGGGACUAACGGGGACAGACGGCCACGGCGGCGACCCUUCAGACGAACUUUUCUCUGCUCUGGGCCGCCCCAUCGAGGCGCGGCGGGACUUGGCGCACCCAUGGGCUCCUCUGCGGCUUUCGUCGUGGCGUUCUUCUGGGUGGUCACCGGCCCCUGUGUGCAGACCACUGGUGAUGGCAUGUCUAAGUUAUCCAAUGGCACCUCAGUGGACCACGAUGAGUGCAGUACCCCUGACUUCUGCUCAGACAACGCGCUGUGCGUCAACACCUACGGGAGCUACCACUGUCAGUGCCAGGCCGGCUACAGGAACCACAACAAGAAGGUCACGUUCCCUUAUACUGAAUCUUUCUGUAGAGACAUUAAUGAGUGCACUGAGCAGCGCGGCCUCUGCGGCCCCAAUGCCACAUGUAGGAACACAAUUGGCAACUACAGCUGCUCCUGCCAACCAGGCUUCACCUCAACAUCUGGACAGCAGAACUUCACAGCCAACGAGUCCUCCUGCCAGGAUAUCGAUGAGUGUCGAAAGUCGCCUUUCCCAUGCGGCCUCAGUGCUGCCUGUCUAAACACGCCAGGAAGCUUCAGCUGCUCCUGCAUACAAGGGUUCAGGGUGCCAGCUGGGCAGCCGCCACUCCGAGGGACCCAUUGUGAAGACAUCGAUGAAUGUACAGAGACCCCCGAGAUCUGCGGCCCCAAUGCCAACUGCACCAACACAAUGGGCAGAUACAACUGCUCCUGCUCUCAAGGCUUCAUGUCCACUGCAGGAAGAUAUCAGUUCAGAGCAAACGAGUCCACCUGUGAAGCCCUCAACUGCUCAAAGUUUGACACAAAUGAGAUCCAGGCUAUGGCUGACCUCAAGUCUUUUGCUAAGAAGCUUUGUGAGGAGCAGAUCAGCCAUGAAGCCACUCAGGACGUGACGCAUUUCAAGACUCUCGUAGGUCACAUUGAGGGCAUCGUCAGCAGAGGCCAGGUGGGCGGCGCCAACGUUUCGGAGUUCUUCGCUCAGGUUGAGGACACACUGAUGCUGAUUGCUCCACUGCUGCCAGAUGACCCGUCCGGGCAGACCAUGGACAGCCGCGACGCCGCAGUCCGGGUCCGAAGAGCCACUUCGCCCAAAGGUCAGGUGGUGCUGCAGACGGAAGGCGUCGUCAUGGAGACAGACUGGGAGACGGCAGCCAGCCACGGAAGUCCAGGCUUUGCCACCGUGUUUCUCAUCACCUAUGGUGACAUGCUGUCCAACAUGGAGGACUCCUUAGAAGAGGACCUGCAGAGACACAUGGAUGAGGUGUAUCUGAAUUCCAAGAUCGCGACGGUCACCGUGGGCAGCAGGAAGGAAGGCAACCUGGCCAGACCUGUGAAUUUGACCUUUUCACACCUGGAGGACUCCACUGGCUACAAAGUGGUGUGUGUCUACUGGAAGUCAUCAGGCGGCAGGAGCUACUGGUCCAAAGAUGGCUGCCACACCACAAUGUCCAAUGUCACUCACACCACCUGCCGUGCCGAUCACCUCAGCAGCUUCGCUGUCCUCAUGGCCCUCUAUGACAUUGAGGACAUCUUUGAGUUGAAGGUGAUCACCUGGGUGGGCCUCUCGCUGUCGCUCAUCUGCUUGGCACUCUGCAUCCUCACUUUCUUCUACUGCCGUGCCAUCCAAGGGACACGCAAUACCAUCCACUUGCACCUGUGCAUCAGCCUCUUCAUCGCUGACCUCGUCUUCCUGGCGGGCAUCUCCAGCACAAACAACAAGGUGGGCUGUGCGGUGGUGGCAGGGCUGCUGCACUUCUUCUUUAUGGCCGCCUUCACCUGGAUGUGCCUGGAGGGGAUUCAGCUCUACCGCAUGGUGGUCCUCGUCUUCAACACGACGCUGCGCAAGCUCUACAUGUUUGCAUUCGGCUACGGUGUCCCAGCAGCCAUCGUGCUCAUCUCGGCCUCGGUGAAAAGCAGCGGCUAUGGGACCAAACGGCACUGCUGGCUGUCGCUGGAUGACCAUUUCAUCUGGAGCUUCUUUGGCCCGGUGUGCCUAAUUAUUGUGGUGAAUGUGGUCUUCUUUAUCAUUACUGUGUGGAAGCUGGCAGAGAAGUUCACAAGCCUCAACCCGGACAUGCCCAACCUGAAGAAAGUCAAGGCUUUCACAAUCACAGCCAUUGCCCAGCUGUGCAUACUGGGCUCCAUGUGGAUCUUCGGCUGUUUCCAGUUUGAGGGCAGUUCCAUCGUCAUGACGUACCUGUUCACCAUCCUCAACAGUGUGCAGGGCAUCUUCAUCUUCAUUAUGCACUGCCUGCUCUCCAAUCAGGUACGAGACGAGUACAAGAACUUCCUGGCCACGACCUUCAACCUGAAGAAGAAGACCAAAUACUCGGAGUUCAGCAGCACAAGCAACAGCUCCUCAAACGCACAGAGCAAGAGCGUCCAGAACACGGGCGAGUCGCACAUGUAGGACCCUCAGCUCCCCACCGAUGGCUGCUAUGCAACGCAAACUGAGGAGAGCGGGAGGAGGCUGACGCUGCUGCCCGCCUGCUGCCUCUUGUGCCUUCGAGGUGCCACUCUGUCCACUCGAUUCCUGCUUGGAGCUCUCCAGUCCCCCAGGAUGCUCCCUCACUUCACUGAAACUCGUCUUGAGGUUCUGCUGCCCACCCAGCAGGAGGCGCUGCUCUUCACGUACUCUGUCCACUCUGCCCUGUGUCCUUUCACGUCUGAGGUGGCUGGCGUCGGGCACGUAGCCUGGUGAGUGAGGACCAUCCAGCUGGUCGGACAAAGGAGGCGCCUUCACUUCAGCCCUUUUCUUACCUUUAGCACGAUGCCCACGACUUUCUGAGGGUCCCUGUGGUAGACAUGGCUGGUCCGAUGCUGUAAAUACUGAAUUCAUGGGAUGGUUUUACGCUUCGUGAUUUCCCUUCCAAAGGAAGCUGUUGGCAGAUUCGCCCUGAAGCCCCCAGAUGGUAGCCCCUUUGCACACAAGACUCUGAAUUUGGUGCCACCCUGACUUUGUGGUAAACGUUCUGCACAAAUCACUGCAGACCCGUGGUCCUCGUCUGGGUGUCAAAUCCCACCCCUUUGGUCAGCUGUCACAUCCUGCCCUGCCUCAUCCCACCCCAUCCUUUCCCUGACCCCGAUUAUGAUGUGAUGGGUCAAGUCACCCUCGUCUCGGUGCCACGCCUACCUUGAUGUCAAACCCCGCCCCUUUCUCCAAGUCUCAAGCUUUGCUCUACUCUUGUUUGGUUGUAAGGCCCCGCCCCUUUUAUCUACUCCCCUCCCCUCAUUUGAGUGUCAAAACCCACCUCACCCAUCCCCGCCCAACACUCAUUAGCCUAAUUAAACUCCAGCUCCGCCCAUUCUCCAUUCUGGUCCGCCCCUUUAUCUAACCCAGUGCACCCCUACCUCAUUUGAAUGUCAAACUCCCCUGAGUACAUCUCAAAUCCCGCCCCUUUCUUCAUUUCGACUCCGCCUCUUUCCCGGUCACGUGUGCCAGGAGGACUGAGGACUUUAACCUGAGAUUGUGGCUGUGCCCCCUGGUAGACUGCUACCCAAUCCAUACUUUGUGCCCAGUUCCACCCCACAUAACCAUUAACAGAAGGAUGUCAGAUGAUAGCAGUGAGAGUCUCUGGGUCACAGCCCACCUCAAAAGGGGUACACUGUCCUGUAGGAGGGUCCGCACUCUCCAGCUCUUGAGCCGUUUUCAUGUGUAGAGCGAGACGCGUACCCGCCGCCCUCGAUGGCAGCCGUCGUGUCGCCUGCACAGUUUGAAAGUUGAACAGCUUUGAAUGUCAAAAUGCCGAGGGGCUGCACUGCUGGUGGGAGUCACACCUCAUAACUAGGGGGACCCCACGUUUUGGGGUGUGUGACUGGCGCCCCCUAUAAGGUUGGCUUCAGCUUUGUCCUCAAUGUUCCUGAGAGGGCUUAAAUGGAAUAAAACUGAUCUGGAUGGGUGGGGGGGCUUAGGAAAACACCAAAGCUGAGCCGGUGGUCAAGGAGACGUUGGCUUGGCAGCUUCUUCAGCACAAUGGCCGUCCAGUGAAGUGACCGUCACCGAGUAUUUAUGGCUGCUCAGGACGGCCUGCAGGGGGCGCAGACGAUGCCCCAUUGAACACUCUGGUCUAAGCACUGGUGGGGUGUCCAUCAGGGCUGACCGGAGUGUCCAGUGCCUGUGAAGCUCCACUGUGUUUAUUAUGGGCUGUACUGCACAAAAGGGCACCUGCAGGGAAUGCCAGCAUUUGAACAAAAUCCACGGUACUUCAGCUCUUUGUGUGCUUGAAUCAUCGAAUGUGUCAAUAAACGGGUCACAUCAGACAAA